GCCAAACUCAUUGCAAGAGGAGCUGUGUUGCUGUGGAGCGUUUUACACAACACAACCACGAGCGCGAUGCAAUAUACUGAACAACUCAUGAAAUGCGGUUCUGCAGCGGCAGACUGAAGAGCUGUGACCACCCCAUGGGCCGCUUUGCCGCACUCGCCUUGAUCCUGUGCCUCAUCACCGCUCCCAACGGUCUCUUCCCCUUGGCAGCGUCUGCCUCAUCCCUCAGGCCACCCCGCCAUCACAGCCAUGGCCGGCACUACUCAGCAGCCCACCAACAGCAUCUAUCGUACCGGCCUGCAACCAACGAAUGGGCGCUUGCACCGAGCAGCAGCGAGGGCCGCGACGGUGACCGUCCUCUCUACGAUGUGGAUGUGCCCUUUGAUCUGUCUUCUUCUGAGGAUGGCAUCGACGCUGCCAAGGGCGUGACGGUCAUGAUGGACACGGAAAACCAUCGGCUGACGGUGGAGGAGGGGGUGCCUGACCACCACCAUCACCACCACCACCACCACCACCACCACCAAAUGACCGACGCAGUUGCGUGGGGCCGAUAUGAAGACGUUCUCGACGACACCGGGUGGACGUUUCUCUACGUUACGGCCACAGACAGCCCUAUGGUCUCUUAUGACGUCAGGGCCUACGCCGCCGGCUUCGUCGAAGGCCUCACAACCGCACACCGCAUCACUGAUUUCCACCACAACACGCAGCACAUGAUCCAGAAAGACCCGCACACCAAGACGGCCCUCGAGAAGGUCAGAAACGCCUUCAAAGACCGGCUGGAAUACACCGAAGCGAAGACGCAUUUCGGGAAGGCCGACAUGAUGCCGGCGGACCCCUAUUGGCAGAACAUCCGCUUUGGGCUGUAUCAGCUGUGGGGCGUGCUGGACGGCUACAACACGGUGGCUGGGGCGAGGGAGAAGCCGCGGCUGACGAUGAUGGACAUGCUUCUCAUCAACUCGGACGGCAACAUGCCGGAACUGCUGCGAAUCUACUCCAGCUAUACCGGGCGUAUGCAUCAGGACCACCCCACCCCCACGCCCACAGCACCUGAGGGCCAUCAGCAGCAGCAGCAGCAGCAGCCGCGGCCCCAUGAAGAGCAUGACGCGACCAUCUCCUACUCGCCCUCGGCCAGCGGUCUUGUCAAUCUAGCGGCGCUGCAGACCGACACACAGCACCAACACGCUUCCUUCAGCCCAGAGAGGGCCCACCUGCGGCUCAUGGCCAGCCAGAAGGGCAGCAACGCCACAGCGAGACACACAGAAACCGACAGAGGCGGCCUCCUGGAUCUGUCGCACCCCUCUGUGGAGCGGGCGUGGCUGCGUCUGCAGCAGAGGUUUGGGCGGUGCAGUGCACUGGUGCGGCUGCUGCCUGGUAAUGCUGACCUUCUGGUGGGGCACACCACAUGGGCCGACUAUUCCGAGAUGGUGCGAGUAUACAAGUAAGGGAGGAGAGCGAAACGGAAUCACACACCACACACGGGAUCGCAGUGUGUCUCCUCUCUCUCCUUGGUCGCUCGCAGGUAUUACAACAUCCCCUUAGGUCAGAAGGUCACCAGGAUGGCUUUCUCCUCCUACCCUGGCUGCAUCUCCAGCACAGACGAGUACUACCAGCUGCAAGACACGGGCCUCGCCGUCAUGGAAACCACCAUCACCAACCUAAACCAAGACGCACACAACCUCCUGCCGGCCACGAAAACGGGCAGCAAGGCCUUCGACUUCCUGCAUGUGAUGGCGGUUAAUCGGAUGGCCGUCGACUCGGCGCACUGGGCGUCACUCUACAUAGAGGACGCCCUGCAGACCGGCACUUAUUCGUCUCAGUGGGUGGUGGUCGACAUGAGGGCCUUCAAGCGUGGGAAGCGGCUGAAGGCCGGCACGCUCUGGGUGGCGGAGUGUGUGCCGGGGGCGUGCCAGAUGGAAGACAAGUCUCAUGCACUCAACACGGUGAGAGUGAGACACACGCGUGCACAGGGCGUCCAUGUAAAGAGGUGUGUGUUUGUGUGUGCAGACGGGCUUCUUUGCGUCUGUCAACGUGCCCAUGUCUGCCACUGUGCGGAGGGCGGCUGGGUACGACGCUGCGGAGGCCGAGUACGGUGUGGUGUACUCAGUCGACAACAACCCCCGGCAAUUCAUCCUAGCAGCAAAAGCCCCACAUGCCGCAGACAUGGCCGUACGCAGAUAGAGAGAGACACCCCCACACCCCAUCCAUCCAUCCAUCCAGCCAUCCAUGUAUGUCUCUCUGUGUGUGGCGUACAGUCAUUCCGCCAGCUGAUGCGUCGGAACGAGGCGCCCCACGAGCACCCGAAGAACAACGGCUACGUCAGCCACCCAGGCCACGCCAUAUCGGCGAGAUUCGAUCUCGACCCCACCCUGCCGGUGCCCACGGGCGGCAUAGACAGCAAGGUGGCCAACAAGUGCCUCUUCGACCACAUGCAGUCACAAGUAGGCACGCGCGAAGGCACCCUGCAAGGAACCCCCCUCCCCCCACCCACCGCCGUACACACGGAUGGAUCGUCUCUCUUUGUGUGUGUAUGUGUGUUCCAGAUAAUAAGUGGCCCGACCACGGAGGGGAAGGACCUCUCUGCAACACCUCAGUGGCUGUGGCUGUUCUCAUGGAAGAAAGCAGACGGCACGCCCCGCUUCCCCGGCUGGCCGCACGAGGGGCUGCCAAGUGAGUGGCAUUUUUCGUGGGCGCAGACAUCGCCCGAUGGGUACUCAUAUGGCAGGUUUAGCCUCAAGGACGAAUUGGAGACGUGUGCAUAGGUGUUACAUAGAUUGCAAUGGCAGACAGACCGUUGAUUGAGAGAGAUCGCAUCGUUCAUGUACAUGACGCCGUCAAUCAAUGAGC